AAUGGUCAUUUAGCUGCUGCAAUUGGUGUGGAUGGUCAUAAUUGGAUGUACCCACUUGCAUAUGGAUUUAUGGACUCAGAGACAGAAGAUAAUUGGAAAUGGUGGAUGGCUCAGCUACAUAAGGUUGUGGGAGAUCUUCCAAAACUUGCUAUUUGUUCAGAUGCUUGCAAAGGAUUGCUAAAUGCAGUGCGUGAUGUGUUUCCAGAAGUCGAUAGAAGAGAAUGCUUUAGGCAUCUGAUGCAGAAUUUUGUUAAGAGAUAUUCGGGUGACAGCAGUGGACACAUGUGGCCAGCAGCUAGGGCAUAUGACAAACAUGUUUAUGAGAGCCACAUGGCUAUAGUUUAUGCGGCGCUCUCUAGUGCUAAGAGCUGGUUGGAAACACAUCAUAAGCUUAAGUGGCAGAGGUCAGACUUUGAUCCUGACAUCAAGUGUGAUUAUGUGACAAGCAAUGUGGCUGAAGUUUUUAACAAUUGGAUCAAAGAUAUAAAGGACUUGCCUGUUGUUGAGUUGGCUGACAAGAUAAGGGAGAUGAUUAUGAUUCUCUCUUACAAGAGGAGAAAAAUUGGGGAAAGAUUGUAUGGAAGGAUAUUACCAGCGGUCAUACAAAUCUUGAAUGCUAGAACUAGAGGUCUGGGACAUUUAACUGUUAUCAAAGGUGAUAACUAUGCUGCUGAGGUGUGGGACAAUUUCAACCGUAGGUUUGUGGUUAAAGCAUAUUUGCAUGAGUGCUCCUGUUGCGAGUGGCAACACACUGGCAAGCCUUGCCAGCAUGCUUUGUCAUUGAUAACAGCCCGACAAAUUAGAAAUGUGAGGAUGGAGGACUUCGUUCAUGAUUACUACUCUGUGGAGAAGUUUAGGAAGGCAUAUGCUAGACAAAUAGAACAACUCCCAAGCAAGGAAAAGUGGCCCAAGGUGGAUUUGGCAUUUGAGGUUGGUGCACCACUUAGUAAAAGGGGAGUUGGAAGGCAACAAAAAAUAGGAUCAAAAGUUGCCUUGAAGGUGGAAGUGGUGGGUCUAAAUGUACUAAAAAGUUUGCUGAAAAUGAGAAUGAGAAGACUAAAAAAAUGAUUAGAGGCAAAGUGCGGUGUCCCAAUUGUGGAGAGUUAGGACACAGGAAAGCCAGUUACAAGUGCCCACUCAACGGAACUAAGAAAAGGCAAGCUUUAAAUUUUCUAAUUCAUUCUCAUGUUUCUUUCUUUCUCAUAUUGUUUACAUUCUCAUGUUUGUUUACGUUAGGCCAAGAAAGCCAAGGAAAAAUAGUACCAAAGAAUGGUUUCCUAAAGAGUCUACGCCGGAGAGAGCAGAAACUACAAGAGAACAACUAAUGCAAGAGAGUCCUGGAAUAAUGACAAGAAGACGUCUUGGAAUUUUGAUGGGAGAGGUGACAACACAUGAGGCUUCUUCUUCGCAGGCUUUAGAGACUACGACAACAGCUCCAAGAAAGAUGACUCCAAGAAAGGCGAAGAGAAAGUUGUGAAAUUGACUUUUUAAAGACACUUAGAGAAAGAUGUUAGUGCAGCAAUAAACUGUUAGUGAAAUUGUCUUUUACAUAUGCAGAUGUCUUGGAACUGUAAGCCAUUGUUUUCUAUGGGGUCAUUCUUUCUCCUUUGAAAUGAUAAUUUGAAAGGAUAUUGUACA